ACAGUCUUUAGGUAUUAGAAGAACGUAUCUAGUCCGGAGCAGUUUUCAAAAUGAAAUUAGCUAUCGCUUUAUUGGCCUGUGUAGGCUUAGUGGCUGCUGCAAGCCUCCACACUACUCAUGAAGUCAAAGUCGCCGACAAGAAUUUCUUGGAAAAACAGAAAUUCUUGUUCGAAAUUGUUUACCGCGUUGAGGAUCCAUUGAUGUUUGAAGAAUACAUUAAACUCGGUGAUAAAUUUAUUGUUGACAAAUCCUACUAUACUCACUAUGACUUCCAUAUGGAAAAAUUCUGGGAAUCAUACAAGAUGGCAGCUCUCUUGCCUAAAGGUGAAUUCUUUGGUGCACUUGUCAAGACUCAUCACAAGCAAGCUUUAGGUCUCUUCAACUUCUUCUACUACGCCAAGGAUUGGGAAACUUUCCUCCACAAUGUAUGCUGGGCCCGUAUGCACGUCAACGAAGGCAUGUUUGUUUAUGCUCUCACUUUGGCUGUCAUUCAUCGCGAUGACUUCAACGGUUUGAUGUUGCCAUCCAUCUACGAAAUCUUCCCACAAUACUUCUUCAACAGCAAAUUCGUAUUCGAAGCUGAGAAGUUUGACUACGAUGUAUGGAGCAAGUACAUUAUGUACGAAAAGGAAUUGUACGACGUAUACUACAAGAAUCACAAAUACUUCAGCCACGGUGAUUAUGUAUACAUGAAGGACUGGAAGAUGUGGCAAUGGUGGAAAUUGAUGGGUCUUGGCCAACACUGGUACGCCGAAGAAAACUAUAUGCUCCGUGAAAAUAUCUACGAAUUCAACCAAGACCCUAAGUGGAACUCAAUGUUGCAAGACGUCAAGAUGUGGUAUAUGCCCGUUGACUAUACUCGUGAUAUUGAAUUAUACAACGAACACUCUAGCAUUUCUUACUUCACUGAAGAUUUGGGCUGGAACGCCUACUGGUACUAUUUGAACAUGGACUACGCUUUCUUCUUGGACGGCAAGACAUUCGGUUUGAACAAGGACCGUCGUGGUGAAUACUGGAUGUACAAUGUGCAACAAUUGAUUUCUCGCUACUAUAUGGAACGUUUGUCUCAUGGUUUCGGUGAAAUACCCGAAUUCUUCUGGUUCCACGAAAUCGAAUACGGUUAUGACCCCCAAUUGAUUAACUACAACGGCGUUGGUUUCAGCUACCGUAAGAACUACUGGGAAGUUCAAACCUACACUAACUUCGAUAUGUUCAACAAAGUUUCCGGUAUGUUCAAGCGCAUCUAUGAAGUCAUUGAUUUAGGUUAUUAUAAGAUGGUUGAUGGUACUAUUGUUGACUUGCGUAAACCCGAAUCUAUUGAAUAUCUUGGAAGCUUGUUACAAGGCAAUAUUGAUAUGUUCGACAAAUACUUCUUCAGUUACUGGUACAUGCUCUCUCACAUGUACUUCAGUGAAGUUGACUACCAUGACUCCGAGGUCUACCCACACGUCUUCCUAAACUUUGAAACCAUGUUGCGUGAUCCCAUGUUCUACAUGUUCCACAGCAAAAUCGCCGAUGCCUUCUUCCACUUCAAAUACUAUCUCGAGCCUUACACCCAGGAAGAACUCUUGUUCCCCGGCGUCUACAUUAAGGAUGUCCAUGUUACCGACUUGGUCACCUACUUCGAUUUGGUAGACUUUGAUGUUACUAACUUGAUGAAUGACAAGAUGCACUUUGUUGAUGGCAAAUUUGUUUGGGACAAGGCUCUUAUGGCUCGUCAAAUGCGUUUGAACCACAAACCAUUCAACUUUGAAUUCACCAUUGAAUCCGACAAGGCUCAAAAGGCUGUAAUUCGCUCCUUCAUUGGUCCAAAAUACGAUGAAUUCGGACGUGUAUUAACUUUGACUGAAAACCGUGAAAACUUCUUUGAACUCGAUAACUUCGUUUAUGAGUUGACCGCUGGUAAGAACUUCUUCAAGCGUAGCUCCAACGACUUCUACUGGACCAUCAAGGAUCGUACUACUUACACUGAAUUGUACCACUAUGUUAUGUUGGCUUACGACGGUAAAUACGAAUUCCCAUUGGACAUCAGCGAACCUCACUGUGGAUUCCCCGAUCGUCUCAUCUUACCCCGUGGUUGGGAAAAAGGUAUGCCCAUGCAAAUGUUCUUUAUGGUCACCCCAUACGUGGCUGAUCACGAACAAUUCUCCACCUUUGAUUACGCUUACUCUUGCGGUAUUGGCUCUGGUACCCGUUACGUUGACAACAUGCCUUUCUACUAUCCAUUCGACCGUGUCAUCGAUGAAUACGAAUUCUUCGUUCCCAACAUGUACUUCAAGGACGUCAAGAUCUUCCACCACGAUACUUUCGAAACAUACUUGGAACACGACUAUAAGAACUACGGUUCCUUUGACUAUACUUUCUUCAAGGAUUACUACACAAAAUACUUUAAACAUUAAAACUGAUUUAAUAUGAAUUAAUGAAAAAAUAUUAACUCCGUGAAGGGAUAUUUAUAUCCACAAUAUUCGAUCUGUUUUUUCAUUAAAUAAAGCAACAUAUUGUCAAAGCAAUCAAAAA